GCAAAAGAGGAAACAAGUGACAGUGACACAAAGAUAUCUGAAGCAAAUAAAGGAGAAAUUCAUCUGUGCUGGACUCAGACUCAUUACCCCUUUUGUGAUACAAACUCAUUGCCCCUUUAUGAUAAAGACUUGUUGCUCCUUUAUGAUACAGACUCAUUGCCCAUUUGUGAUAUAGAUCCAUUGCCCAUUUGUGAUAUAAACCCAUUUCCCAUUUGCGAUACAGACCCAUUACAGAUUUGUGAUACAGACUCAUUGUCCCUUUGUGAUAUAGACCCAUUGCCCCUUUGUGAUAUAGACCCAUUGCCCAUUUGUGAUACAGACUCGUUGCCUUUUUGUGAUACAGAUUUAUUUCCCCUUUAUGAUACAGACUCAUUGCCUCUUUAUGAUACAGACCUAUUGCCCCUUUAUGAUAAAGAUGUAUUGCCCCUUUAUGAUACAGACUCAUUGCCCCUUUAUGAUACAGUCAUGAAGCUUCUUAUAACUACAGUUAUGAUCUACAGUUUAUCAGUCUUUGCACAAGGUGUGCAAGGUGUACAGCAGCUGUUCCGUGUGCAGCCAGACAAUACUACGGCAGUGCUGGGGGCUUCGGCUGUCCUGCAUUGUGAGGUGGAACAUGCGUCAGGAAUGGUGCAGUGGGUAAAGGAUGGGUUACUGCUAGGGCCUGACAGGAACAUACCAGGCUUCCCUCGCUAUCGUAUGACCGGAGACCCUCAGAAAGGGGAACACAAUCUGCGCAUCGAUCAGUGUGAGCUGAGGGAUGACGCUGCCUAUCAUUGUCAGGUGGGGAGAUCAGAGGUCAGUCAGGGGAUUGUGUCUCGCACAGCCCUGCUCAACAUCCUCAUUCCCCCACAAACCCCAGUCUUCCAGGACCACACCACAGGUAGUUCAGUGACUUGGGUGUUUGGGGUGGAAUAUUCAGUUACUUGUAGAACCACUGAUGCCAAACCAGCUGCUGUCCUGACUAUUACAAAGAGUAAGGUGGAAGUUUCCGGAGAUUCAUCAAAUAGCCCAGGAUCAAGGGACAAGCUUGAAAACACAGAGAUUACUGUAACAAUCAUACCGCAAAGCUCUGAUAACGGGAACCUGCUGACAUGCACGGCUCUAAACCCAGCAAUUCUUACUCCAAUUACUUCCAGUUUCACCAUGAAUGUGCUGUUCCCUCCGAAUCCCCCAGUUAUAGAAGGUUAUUCGGGCCCUACAAUAAAAGCUGGAGAAACACUGAAGCUCACCUGCACGUCUAGGAGUGGUAACCCAUUGGCAACAUUGCAAUGGUUAAAGAAUGAUGAAGUGGUGUCUACAAGAUGGGAGACAGAUGCUGUAACCAGGAUCUCUCGGAGUCACCUGACCCUCAACAUCAAGCCUGCAGAUAAUUUAGUUGUUGUGAGCUGUGAGGCUGUGAAUCACGUGACUCCCCAAGCUCUAAGAACGAGCAUCACUCUCAAUGUAGUAUUUCUACCUACAGAGGUCACAAUCCUUGGAUCACCCAAUAGCCUGGAAAAGUCAACGUUUUCUUUUUCCUGCUUUAACGCUCCUAGUAAUCCGUCUGUACAAAUACGCUGGUGGCUGGGUCCAAAGGAAUUGGUUGAUACCAUAGUUACUGUUACUGAUGCAGCUCAUGGAGGAAAAAUUACAAUGUCAAACAUUACAAUGCCAGCUCUGAGAGAGGAGCAUGGAAUGUCAUUGACCUGCGAGGCCUUCAACGAAGCUAUUCUUUACUCUAAAUCUUCCAGCGUCAUCAUCAACAUACAAUAUCCUCCCCAGAAGGUGUGGCUAGAGGCACCACCGGUUGAGAAGCAUUUUCGUGCUGGAACUCCAGUGAAACUGAUUUGCUUUGCAAGUGGGGGAAACCCAGCUCCACGUCUCACUUGGAUAAAGGAUACUAAAACUUUGAGGGAAGGGACAGAAGUCAAAUCUGGUGGCAAAAUUAUAUCCAAAGAAAUUACCAUUAUAACGGCCCCAAGUGACAAUCAAGCCACCUACAGAUGCAAUGCCAGUAAUGAUGGGAAAACGUCACUUACUGCGACUACAAAGCUGCAUGUACAAUUUCCCCCCAUAGAUGUAAAAAUUACCAGCAACGCCAAGGAGUUCCUGCGAGGUAGCACCAUUACACUGACCUGUGUCACCGGCAGCAGUAACCCCAGCUCCACUAUAUCCUGGCUCAAGAAUGGAGGAACGUUAAAUGAUCAAAAUUUGGGACAGAAGCGAUCAGAGUUUGGAGGGAUGUCCAGCUCUAGUCGAAUCACUAUGACAGCGGCGUCUGUGGAUAAUGGGAAGCGCAUUUCAUGCGAGGCUUACAGCAGCGUACUGAAUGAAGGAGUGAAUACAUUCUACAAACUCAACAUCCUGUUUCCUCCCGAGUUCCUUGAUGACCAACCAAAAGUGGUGCAAGCUGUUGAAAAUGGAGCAGCCCUCAUUCCAGUAAGAAUUCGGGCCAAUCCCUCAGAGGUCUCGUACAACUGGACCCUCCGAGGAGAAAGGCUUAACCGAGAAGGAGCUUACAGACACCACCUGCGAGACGGAGGGUCACUGGAGAUUUGGAAUGUGAGCCGAGCCGACUCUGGAGACUAUAAUGUGACUUGUGACAACAAACAAGGAAGGAACAGCACCAUUAUACGGCUGGAUGUACAGUAUUCACCUACUAUUCGAAGUAUGGGGCACCCAGAGGUGGAUCUCGGGGGAACGUCUGAGAUUGUGUGUGUAGCUGAUGCAAAUCCAGCAAUGGACUCUAUGUUCCAGUGGCGAUGGCUGGGGGAUGAGGAGAGAGAUCUGUCAGGUUUGGAGCGUCAGGCCAGUGGUCUCACUGGGCGUCUCAUUAUUAAGGAAGCCAAGAGAUCAGACGCUGGGUUAUAUGAGUGCACUGUUGAUAAUGGAAUUCCACCACCUGCAAAGUCUGACACCCGUCUGGUUGUGCGAUUUAAGCCAGAAAUACAGAAAGGAGUACAUCUAAGCAAGGUGGCCGUGCCUGGAGACGGAAAAAGCGCAGCUGCACUUGUCUGUAAGGCUGAAGGAAUCCCAAGUGUGACAUUUAGCUGGGCUAAAAAGGGGGUGACCCUGGAUCUCAAAAAUCCCAGAUACUCAGAGAAGACACUGCAUGAGUUUUGGGUUCACACCAGUACUUUAGUUAUUGCUAAUGUGAGCGCUGUGCAAGACUACGCUCUCUUCACGUGCACAGCAACCAACGCUCUUGGAGUUGACAGCUUCGACAUUUAUCUUGUCAGCACCAGCCGCCCAGAUCCCCCAUCUGGUCUGAAAGUCCUUAGCUUCACUCAUAACUCUGUAACCCUUGGAUGGACUGCAGGAUUUAAUGGCGGAGAGGAACAAAAAUUCCGUGUGAGGUACCGCUGGGAAGACUCUGGAAGUUUCAUGUAUGUGGACGUGUUCCCGCCAGAUGCCACAGUGUUUACCAUCACAGGACUAAAACCUGGCACUAUGUACAACUUCUCGGUGAACGCCAUCAACAUUCUGGGAGACAGUGACUACGCUGAUAAAGGAGCAGUGCUUAGUAUCACUACACAAGAAAAAGAUAUGCUUGAGCCUCCCAAAUCUCCAGAGGAGCAACCAGAGGUACCAAAAGCAGAAUCCUUUAUGUGGCCUCCAUUCAUAUUAGCAGCGGUGUGCGCAGGAGCGGCUGUGCUUCUCAUAUCCAAUGCAGCAUUUAUUGGCUGCCUGGUGAAAAAAUACAGGGACGGAAGAAAAGGGGAUGCAUUGAAGAAGGAGGACGGUAAACCACAAGGGAAUCUCUAUGAAUAUGGUGAUGGGGAGCUGAUUAACACAGGAGCAAAGAAAACUCUCCUAAUAGACAGUGGCUCUGAGACAAGCUCCAGUGUUUAUCAGGACAGCGCCUCAGAGUCUGACUUGCAUUAUUACCCAGCCAGAGAUUACAGACCAUCCCUUUCUCCUCACUAUGAGAGUGCUGAGGGCCCAGGGCUCCAGACCUGGUCAGAGGGUGGAUUUGAGGAAUGGUAUGGCACGUCUGAUGCCCAUGAGUAUGAGGAGGUAACAGGGGUUUACCCAGCUUCCUCUAGAGCCAACUGGCAACGUGGGGUGAUGGCCAAUCAGAGCAGAGGGAUGCAAUGGAUGGAUUCUCAGGACCCAUAUAGACUGUAUGAUGAGGCAGACAUUGCCAAAACAGCUACAUAUGAGACGCCAUACUCAGGACAGGGACACCUGGUGUGACAGAUGAAAAUGUCUCAGGAAUUCUGCUCAUUUUACAAAACAUCAACACAAUUCCUCUAAUGUCCAAUCAGUUCCAACCAGAUGUGUAGAGUUCAAUAGCAAUAAAAAUAACUAUUAAUAUC